CAUUGAGUGAUACGAGAUAGCUAAGGGGGUUCACUUGAAAACACUGCUCUUUAGCUAGAGAGAGAGGGAUCGAGAAGUCUUUAGGUUUCUGUCGAAGAGAGUAGCAGAAAUGGCCUUUCACCAGUCAUUGGCUUUUGCAUUUGGCCUUCUAGGCAACAUCAUCUCAUUUAUGGUCUACCUUGCUCCACUGCCAACAUUCUAUCAGAUAUAUAAGAGGAAAUCCACAGAAGGUUUUCAAUCAGUUCCUUAUGUGAUUGCACUCUUCAGUUCAAUGCUGUGGAUCUACUAUGCGAUGCUUAAGAAAGAUGCAAAUCUUCUUAUCACCAUAAACUCAGUUGGCUGCUUAAUUGAGUCCAUCUACAUUAUCUUGUUCUUAUUCUAUGCAACCAGGAUGGCAAGGAUCACGACUGUGAAGCUUUUUCUCCUGCUAAAUGUUUUUGGUUUCGGCCUCAUGCUUCUCCUCACUCUCUACCUAGCAAAAGGCACAAAACGUAUCCAGAUUCUUGGAUGGAUUUGCUUGGUUUUUAACCUUAGUGUGUUUGCUGCACCUCUUUGUAUCUUGAGACAAGUCAUAAGAACAAAAAGUGUCGAGUACAUGCCAUUUCCUUUGUCUUUCUUCCUCACCUUAGGCGCAGUGAUGUGGUUCUUUUAUGGACUUUUUCUCAAGGACUAUUAUAUUGCUCUUCCAAAUACAGUGGGGUUUCUCUUUGGCAUUGUUCAGAUGCUGCUCUACAUAUUUUACAAGAGGGCCAGUUCGGUUCUGGUCCUGGAGGAGCCAAAGCUACAUGUACCUGAGCACAUCAUUGAUGCAGUUAAGCUUACCACACUUGUGUGUCCGGAGCUGAAUUCUGUGGUUUCUCUCUCAAAUGGGAAUGUAAAUCAAAUAAUUGAGAAGGAAAAGGCACAAGAAUCCAAGACAGACAUGGAUGGAUGAUAUUGAUGAGUACUACGUACUCCACCAAACCUUAAUUAACCAUUCAAGAGGACGUGGUAGUUUUUAAUUUGUUUGUGUUUAUGUGAAGUUUGGUUUAAAUUUGCUUGUUACUGUAGUACUUAAGAGCCAAGGCUAGGGGUUAAGUAGUCAUUUAGUGUGUCUGAUCUCUUAGUAUGUCCCUCCCUCCUCAAGAUCCUAGUGCAGAGCACUUUUAAGUCUUCACUCAAAGCAUGCAAGGGGUCUCUCUCUAGCUAUCUCUCUGUAAUUUAAGUGUCCCCAUCAUAUUAUUGCAAGAAAAAAAA